CCCCGCGAGGAGAGUCCCGGCCGGCCCGGCUGCGCGCGAGCAGCGCCGUCGGCGGCCUGGCCCCGGCCGACUCCGCAGGGCCACAGAGAGAUUUAUCGUUAGCAUUUGUUUUGGGGGUAGCCAACAGGAAAAAUGGCGAACGACUCCCCUGCAAAAAGUCUGGUGGACAUCGACCUCUCCUCCCUGCGGGACCCUGCUGGGAUUUUUGAGCUGGUGGAAGUGGUUGGAAAUGGCACCUAUGGACAAGUCUAUAAGGGUCGACAUGUUAAAACGGGUCAGCUGGCAGCCAUCAAAGUUAUGGAUGUCACAGAGGAUGAAGAAGAAGAAAUCAAACUGGAGAUAAACAUGCUGAAGAAAUAUUCUCAUCAUAGAAAUAUUGCAACAUAUUAUGGUGCUUUCAUUAAAAAGAGCCCCCCAGGACACGAUGACCAACUCUGGCUUGUUAUGGAGUUCUGUGGGGCUGGGUCCAUCACAGACCUUGUGAAGAACACCAAAGGAAACACACUCAAAGAAGACUGGAUUGCUUACAUCUCCAGAGAGAUUCUGAGGGGACUGGCACAUCUUCACAUUCACCAUGUGAUUCACCGGGAUAUCAAGGGCCAGAAUGUGUUGCUUACGGAGAAUGCAGAGGUGAAACUUGUUGAUUUUGGGGUGAGUGCUCAGCUGGACAGGACAGUUGGAAGGAGGAAUACAUUCAUAGGCACCCCCUACUGGAUGGCUCCUGAAGUUAUCGCCUGUGAUGAGAACCCAGACGCCACCUACGACUACAGAAGUGAUCUUUGGUCUUGUGGCAUUACAGCCAUUGAGAUGGCAGAAGGUGCUCCCCCUCUCUGUGACAUGCAUCCAAUGAGAGCACUGUUUCUCAUUCCCAGAAACCCUCCUCCCCGGCUGAAGUCAAAAAAAUGGUCAAAGAAAUUUUUUAGUUUUAUAGAAGGAUGUCUAGUGAAGAAUUACAUGCAGCGGCCCUCCACAGAGCAGCUUUUGAAACAUCCUUUUAUAAGGGAUCAACCAAAUGAAAGGCAAGUUAGAAUCCAACUUAAGGAUCAUAUAGAUCGAACCAGAAAGAAGAGAGGAGAAAAAGAUGAAACUGAAUACGAGUACAGCGGGAGUGAGGAAGAAGAGGAGGAAGUGCCUGAACAGGAAGGAGAGCCAAGUUCCAUUGUCAACGUGCCUGGUGAGUCUACUCUCCGUCGGGAUUUCCUGAGACUGCAACAGGAGAACAAGGAACGCUCUGAGGCUCUCCGGAGACAGCAACUAUUGCAGGAGCAACAGCUCCGGGAGCAGGAAGAGUAUAAAAGGCAGCUGCUGGCAGAGAGGCAGAAACGAAUCGAGCAGCAGAAAGAACAGAGGCGGAGGCUAGAAGAGCAACAAAGGAGAGAGCGAGAAGCUAGAAGGCAGCAAGAACGUGAGCAGCGAAGGAGAGAACAAGAAGAAAAGAGGCGUCUAGAGGAAUUGGAGAGAAGGCGUAAAGAGGAGGAGGAGAGGAGGCGUGCGGAAGAAGAGAAGAGGAGAGCGGAAAGAGAACAGGAGUAUAUCAGGCGACAGCUAGAAGAGGAGCAGCGGCACUUGGAAAUCCUUCAGCAGCAGCUGCUCCAGGAGCAGGCCAUGUUACUGGAGUGCCGAUGGCGGGAGAUGGAGGAGCACCGGCAGGCAGAGAGGCUCCAGAGGCAGUUGCAACAAGAACAAGCAUAUCUCCUGUCUCUACAGCACGACCACAGGAGGCCGCAUCCGCAGCUCCCGCAGCAGCAGCAGCCGCUGGCACAACAGGAAAGAAGCAAACCCAGCUACCACAGCCCAGAGCCCAAGUCCCACUAUGAGCCUGCUGACAGAACUCGUGAGGUGGAAGAUAGAUUUAGGAAAACUAACCACAGCUCCCCUGAGGCCCAGUCUAAGCAGACAGGCAGAGUAUUGGAGCCACCAGUGCCUUCUCGAUCAGAGUCUUUUUCCAAUGGCAACUCCGAGUCUGUGCAUCCUGCCCUGCAGAGACCAGCGGAGCCACAGGUACAGUGGUCCCACCUGGCAUCUCUCAAGAACAAUGUUUCCCCUGUCUCGCGAUCCCAUUCCUUCAGUGACCCUUCUCCUCCCAAAUUUGCACACCACCAUCUUCGUUCUCAGGACCCAUGUCCACCUUCCCGCAGUGAGGUGCUCAGUCAGAGCUCUGACUCUAAGUCAGAGGUACCUGACCCCACCCAAAAGGCUUGGUCUAGAUCAGACAGUGACGAGGUGCCUCCAAGGGUUCCUGUGAGAACAACAUCUCGCUCCCCUGUUCUGUCCCGUCGGGAUUCCCCACUGCAGGGCAGUGGACAGCAAAAUAGCCAAGCAGGGCAGAGAAACUCCACCAGCAGUAUUGAGCCCAGGCUCCUGUGGGAGAGAGUGGAGAAGCUGGUGCCCAGGCCAGGCAGUGGCAGCUCUUCAGGGUCCAGCAAUUCAGGAUCCCAGCCCGGGUCCCACCCUGGGUCUCAGAGCGGCUCUGGGGAACGCUUCAGAGUGAGAUCAUCAUCCAAGUCUGAAGGCUCUCCAUCUCAGCGCCUUGAAAAUGCAGCAAAAAAACCUGAAGAUAAAAAGGAAGUGUUUAGACCUGUCAAGCCUGCUGAUCUGACUGCAUUGGCCAAAGAGCUUCGAGCAGUGGAAGAUGUGCGGCCACCUCACAAGGUGACGGACUACUCUUCCUCCAGUGAGGAGUCAGGGACCACCGAUGAGGAGGAUGACGACGUGGAACAGGAGGGGGCUGACGAGUCCACCUCAGGACCAGAGGACACCAGAGCAGCGUCAUCUCUGAAUUUGAGCAAUGGUGAAACAGAAUCUGUGAAAACCAUGAUUGUCCACGAUGAUGUAGAAAGUGAACCAGCCAUGACCCCAUCCAAGGAGGGCACGUUGAUUGUCCGCCAGAGUACAGUUGACCAAAAGCGUGCCAGCCAUCAUGAGAGCAAUGGCUUUGCCGGUCGCAUUCACCUCUUGCCAGAUCUCUUACAGCAAAGCCAUUCCUCCUCCACUUCCUCCACCUCCUCCUCCCCAUCCUCCAGCCAGCCGACACCCACCAUGUCCCCACAGACACCCCAGGACAAGCUCACUGCUAAUGAGACACAGUCCGCUAGUAGCACACUCCAGAAACACAAAUCUUCCUCCUCCUUUACACCUUUUAUAGACCCCAGAUUACUACAGAUUUCUCCAUCUAGUGGGACAACAGUGACUUCUGUGGUGGGAUUUUCCUGUGAUGGAAUGAGACCAGAAGCCAUAAGGCAAGAUCCUACACGGAAGGGCUCAGUGGUCAAUGUUAACCCCACCAAUACUAGGCCACAGAGUGACACCCCUGAGAUUCGCAAAUACAAGAAGAGGUUUAACUCAGAGAUUCUAUGUGCCGCCUUAUGGGGAGUGAAUUUGCUUGUGGGCACAGAGAGUGGCCUGAUGCUGCUGGACAGAAGUGGCCAAGGGAAGGUAUAUCCUCUGAUCAAUCGAAGACGGUUUCAGCAAAUGGAUGUACUCGAGGGCUUAAAUGUCUUGGUGACAAUAUCUGGCAAAAAGGAUAAGUUACGUGUCUACUAUUUGUCCUGGUUAAGAAAUAAAAUACUUCACAAUGAUCCCGAAGUUGAAAAGAAGCAAGGGUGGACAACCGUAGGUGAUUUGGAAGGAUGUGUACAUUAUAAAGUUGUAAAAUAUGAAAGGAUCAAAUUUCUUGUAAUAGCUUUGAAGAGUUCUGUGGAAGUCUAUGCGUGGGCCCCUAAGCCAUAUCACAAAUUCAUGGCCUUUAAGUCAUUUGGAGAAUUGGUACAUAAGCCAUUACUAGUGGAUCUCACUGUUGAGGAAGGCCAGAGGUUGAAAGUGAUCUAUGGAUCCAGUGCUGGAUUCCAUGCUGUUGAUGUGGAUUCAGGAUCAGUCUAUGACAUUUAUCUACCAACACAUGUAAGAAAGAACCCACACUCUAUGAUCCAGUGUAGCAUCAAACCCCAUGCAAUUAUUAUCCUCCCUAACACUGAUGGGAUGGAGCUUCUGGUGUGCUAUGAAGAUGAGGGGGUUUAUGUGAACACAUAUGGAAGGAUCACCAAGGAUGUGGUUCUGCAGUGGGGAGAGAUGCCGACAUCUGUAGCAUAUAUUCGGUCCAAUCAGACAAUGGGCUGGGGCGAGAAGGCCAUAGAGAUCCGAUCUGUGGAAACUGGUCACUUGGAUGGUGUGUUUAUGCACAAAAGGGCUCAGAGACUAAAAUUCUUAUGUGAACGCAAUGACAAGGUGUUCUUUGCCUCUGUUCGGUCUGGUGGCAGCAGUCAGGUUUAUUUCAUGACAUUAGGCAGGACUUCUCUUCUGAGCUGGUAGAAGCAGUGUGAUCUGGGGAUUGCUGAUCUCUGAAGUCUUCAGGAUCCUGAGAACUUGGAAUUCCUUGCAACUGGAGCUUGGAGCUGCACCGGUGUAGCCAGGACAGUUGUGUGUGCAGGCCUCACGUGUUGGUCCUCUCUCCCUUCCUUCCUACUCCUCUCUUUGACAGUUUAUUCCUGUUUUUUUCUUUUCCCCUCUUAAAAAUAAAUCAAGGCUGCAUUGCAGCUGGUGCUGUUCAGAUUCUACCAUCGGUGCUAGAAGUGUUUGGGGUUGAGCAUCAGACUGGAAAGAACCCCUUUCCUACAGCUCCAGAAUUCCUUGUCUCUGAAUAACUCUGUCCUAUGGGUGUCUGAAGGUGGCGACAAUGAACACGCCAUCAGUUUUGUUGGCAAUGGGCACAAGGAGGUGAAAAGUGGUGGUGUAAGGAGCAGUUUGCUGAAGCAGAGAGCAGAUUUAAUAUAGUAACAUUAACAAUGUAUUUAAUGACAUUUCUUUUUUUGUAAUGUGACAAUAUGUGGACAAAGAAGAAGGUGCAGGUCUAAGAAGUUAAUAUUUAUAAAAUGUGAAAGACACAGUUACUAGGAUAACUUUUUUUUGUGGGUGGGGUUUGGGGUGGGGUGGGUUAAGGGGUCCCAUUUUGUUUCUUUGAAUUUUUGGGGGGGAGGGUGUCCUGGCCAAGAAUUCAGUCGUUUUUCUGUGUACCAAGUUUUGCCUAAAUCAUGUGCAAAUGGUUCUAAAAAAAGAAAAAAGAAAAAGAGAAUGUGUGCAUUUUGUAUUAACGGCCAGAACUUUGUUGUGUGACAGUAUUAGCACUGCCUCAGUUAAAGGUUUAAUUUUUGUUUAAACCUAGAAGUGCAACAACCGUUUUACCACAGUCUGCACUUGCAGAAGAAAAAAAAAUUCAACCUACAUGUUUAUUUUUUUGCCUACCUCAUUGUUUUUAAUGCAUUGAGAGGUGAUUUAGUUUGUUUUUGGAGGAAAACAUUAAUGUUUAAUUUAAUCUUAAUACCAAAACUAUCAGAUUGAGGUUUGUUAUUUUUGUCAGAAAUCUAAGCAGAUGCAAGAAAAACUGUCCAUGAUGGUGGGAAAUAAUCCUGUGGCUGAUGCAGUUUGCUUUCUAAGCUUAGAAAGCAGAAUGCUUUAUUUUCAUGAGAUUCCCCAUUAGUGGUUGAAGGGCAACUGUUGCCUGCAACACAUGAGAUGUGUUUGUUUUCCAUUGGGGGUCUGGUAGCAGACAAGUGGUCAUGUUAGAGUAGUCACACAAACUGUUUAGUGUUUCAGGAACCGUUUCUUGGGGGUGAGGAUAUGUCCCUUUUCUAAAAAUGCGAUGCACUAAAACUAUUUUAAGAAUGUAGUUAAUUCUACUUAUUCAUAAAGAUGGCAUCUUCCUGUGUUUUAGGUGUAAUUUGGAAGCCCUGGCUCUUGUCUUCUCACUUGCUCUCUUGUUCUCUGUUUUUUAAACUAAUUUUACUUUAUGAAUAUGUUCGUGACAUUUGUAAUAAAUGUCUUGAGUAAUGA